GGCAUCGGGAAAACAGUCUUAACACAGAAGUUCACUCUGGACUGGGCUGAAGGCAAAGCCAACCAGAACAUCCACUUCACAUUUCCAUUCACUUUCAGAGAGCUGAAUGUGCUGAAAGAGGAGAAGUUCAGCUUGGUGGAACUUGUUCAUCACUUCUUCCCUGAAACCAAAGAAGCAGGAAUCUGCAGCUUUGAAGACUUCCAGGUCGUCUUCAUCUUUGAUGGUCUGGAUGAGUGUCGACUUCCUCUGGACUUCCACAAGACUCGGAUCCUAAAUGACCCUAGAAAGUCCACCUCAGUGGGUGAUCUGCUGACAAACCUCAUCAGGGGGAACCUGCUUCCCUCUGCUCGCCUCUGGAUAACCACACGACCUGCAGCAGCCAAUCAGAUCCCUCCUGGAUAUGUUGAUAUGGUGACAGAGGUCAGAGGGUUCAAUGAUCCACAGAAGGAGGAGUAC